GGCCCUGUGUGGAGUCAGGAGCUCGGCUUCUGCAGGGCUGGAGAUGCAGGGAGCAGUGAUCAGGGCUGUCCCAGUGCUCCUCGCAGAGCUGCCCUGAGCGCUUACUGUCACCCAGUGAGUCUGCUGUGAUAGCAUCCCGACAGUGUGAUCAGGGGGGAUUGUUCCUGCUCGUAAAUUUAAGCCUGGGGAGCUAAGCGUUAGGAUUGAGAAAGAUUAACCUGACAAAGGCCAGGGAGUUGCAAAUGGAUUAAAAAUGAGGGAACAACUCUCCAUUUAAAAGGAGCAGGACAGUUUAGGUUCAGGCACUGCUGCUAGUUGAUCGGCCUUUCUAAGCCAGCUUUCCUUAUUAGGAUGGGUUUCCUUGGGAGUGUUUAUGACGUGAACUACAGAAAAGAAUGUGGUGUUGUGACAACAGACAACUCGGAGCAAAAUUCAGAUUCCACCAAAAAUAGGUGGAUAAAUUAUUAACUCCCUGAAAGUGCAGUGUUGGGUUUUUUUUUAAUAUGAACUGGACUGUUGAAAGUAACGUUUUAAAUUUGUGAGUGCUUCUGGCAAGGUUGGCAUUAAUUCUAUGCACAGAUUUCACAGAAUAAAUAAUUUCUGCUAUGUACAGCUACAGUUUGUUGCAGUGCUACUCGUCCCCUUGGCCCCAAAUUACUCGUAUUUAGUUUCUGUAUUUCACAGAACGUAAGUGAAGUCUCUCCUAAAUAUUGUUCCUACUUUCCCUGCAGCCCUAAUGGAAUUAAAGUAAAUCUUGUUUUGCUUGCUGUCAGCCUCCGUGUGCAGCUGUAUGGCUUGCAGCCCCAUGGAGAUUGGUAGCUGUUGCACAGUUGAACACCAGAGGUUUCUUUGGUGUUACUUUUUUGUGUGUGUUUUGGGGGAAGGAGAAGAAAAAGUUGCCAAGGCUGAUACGCAGGAAGCUGUUGUACAGUGGAUCUAAACUGCUUUAUGCCUGGGGAUUUUUAGCAUGGUAUGCUUGGAGAUUCACCCUUAGAUUUUUGUGGAAACGAAUAAAAGCGAUGUUAUUUAUGACAGAAUUCUUCAUUGACUAAACAUGGCACUGUUGCAGUGAAAUAGGGGCUGUAGCCCCACCAAACCCUGUUAGAUCAACUCCCAAUGGGCACAACAUGAAAUGAUACAGGAGAACAUUGGUUUUCUACAGAUUUUGCUGUUUCUUCAGGAAUUUGACUUUUAUUUGAUCAAGGUUACAUUUUCACUCAGUGUCAAAUGCAGGAAACAGAGUGAAGUUUGUAACAAACGUAAGGUUUUCCAAAAGCCCUUCCUUAAGAAAUUGGCCUCCUGAUUACAGAAUUUCUAGAUUUGCAGCCAGCGUUUCAGUGGAAACAUGUUGGAGUCUCCAGAAUAUUUUGUGAUAAAAUCUUGAGUGAAUGUGCUGUAGCACUACUGGUGGGCGACUGCUGAGUUGUACUGUGAGCUUCUAAAUGGAGCCUAAUACUCUCCAUCUGCUGAUGAAAAUGUUCAGAAGUGCUCCUCAAACUGCAUAUAUGUAAGUGGGAUUUUCCAAAGCACCCAUUGAGCACCAGUGUAAAUUUAUCCUGAAGGAACAUAAGCCUCAUUGUUCACAUAGGUCUUUGGUUCUAAUUGUCUGAGCAGCCGUGCAAGGACUGUGAUCACAAAGUUAGAGAAAAAUUGAAGAUAGAUUAUUAUUAUUAUUAUUAUUAUUUAUUAUUGUGGUGAUUGUUUCUUAAAGAAAGCAAGGUAUAAACACAGAAAUCUACAUGGUCAGUUUCCAUCUAUGAAAGGCAAGAGGUGCUCAGCGUUGUCACUGCCUGCCUGUAGAGCAGGCAUUAGGGAGAUGCUGUCACCUCUACACAGGCAAAACAGUGUUUGGGAGGAAUGGUAUGUCUGUGUUUUAAAAUUGAGUCAGAAAUUUGCAGCAAUCUCUGAGAAGAACUACGUCAAGUCUAUGAAGAACACCUUACACUGAUGGAGUAAGGAAGCUCGAACUGUUCAGCUAACCGCAGAGAAGCCACAGAGGCAACUUAACGGUAACUAUAGAGGAGUGAGAGCCAGAGCCCAGUUGGCAAACAUCUAGCCAGCUUCCAAAGUAUUCAGACGUAGAAUACAUAUGUUAUGUUUGGCCAAACUGGGGCCACAGUAAUCUGAGGUGCGAAGAAGAAGCCUUGCUGUGAGAUAUUCUGAGUGCAAUUCACUAACUAACGGAAAUAAAGUACUGGUAUGUGGUUGAUCAGUGUCUAAGCUACAUUGCGGGAAGAAAAUAGCAGGUACUAACCUUGUCUUUAAAGGUAGAGGAGACAAAUGUUACAAACUGGGUGGCCGCAAGCUGAGUCCAGUGGAAUUCAUACAUGAAGUAUGUUUUCAACAUAAAUUCUUGAAGAUGUCUGCGUUUGGACCUAACUACUGUGGCAAGCAGUGCUCUGGCUUUGCAGCUUUGGUGGUUUUUUGCAUUAAGACUGUCAGUGUGACAAAUACUGCUGUGUCCCAGGAAGAGCUAACUGAGUGAAACCUCAUGGCCUGCCAUAAGCAGAGCUGAGCAGUACAGAUGCUGUCACAUUGAAAUGAAAAAAACCCUCACAUCUGAAAGUGGUUGUUGCCUGUGUGCAGGUACACUGUGCUGGUGGCUGCAGUGCUUCUGGGGGUGCCAGGGCUCUCGUGCCCGGCUGCUGUACCCCAGGGCCCAGUGCUGCUGGGUCAGCUGACAAGCUUGGUAUUUGAGCCGUGCCUUGUAAAACAGAAAGGGCUGUUUGUCUCGUUGGCAUGUGGUAAAGCAAAUAAAGCAACUUAAGUGGCGGCAUACGUUGGGUGAGCUCGCAGUUUCUUCUGGGCUCAAGUCUGCAAAAGCAAACAUCGUAGUCAGGAAAUUGUGAAGAUGCAGUCUUUCUCAACUCGGUGCAACUGCCGUACUGUUCAGCCUUUUAUCACAAGGCGAGUUGUUUAAGUAGGUGUUUUAUAUUUAACAAAGUGAGGCCCUUCUCCCAGCAUCUGUGAGUAUGUCAAAUGCAGCUGUACUGAAGUGUACAGGAAGAACUAAGGCACGGGGAAAUGAGACUUUGAUCCUGCAAAUCUUUAAUGACAUGAUUUGUUCUGGAAGCACAAGUCCCCAGUUGUACUGAAAAGGUCAUAAUAAUGUGUGUGAAGUCUUACAGAUGGGGGCUAAACAGCUUACCAGGGUACUACCAGGAGUGCUUACCAGGGAGCCUGUAGCAAAGCAGGGGUAGGAUCCCCUUCUCCAUCCAGAAACAGUUUUCCCCUUUGUUGUUUGGUGAUCACAUCUAAUUUGGGUAUUUUUACAAGAGCCGCUUCCAUAAGGUUUUCAGAGCAUUUGUCAAAGAAUUAAAGAGAAGACCUAACUUGGUCCUCUGGCGAACUACAAGGUAUUAGUGGGAGCGUUAUUCCUCUGUUAAUUGUUGGAGGCCCCUUCCACCUGUUUUUAAAUUAGCUCUUUGUGGCAUUGGAGGCAUCUAUUGAAAGAUUGUAUUAUAACCUCGAGCUUGUCCUUGUGCCUGCAAAGUGUCACGUGGCCCAGUGAUGCCGUGUAAAUACUAAUGAGUGAAAGUUCCUUUGUAAGCCACCAGCACAGUCUAAUUGGUUUUGUUGUGUUUCUUAGGCCGGCACUACAGAGAGGCAGCUGAUUUUAGCACCGAGAACACUGCGCUUAAGCAACGCUAAUACAGUUAAAGAGCAGAGUUAAUGUCAUGCUUUCAGAAGGCAGAACAAACAAGUUGUUACUGUUAAGCCUGAGGAGAGGAUCUAAAUUCAAAGUCCAAAUCAAAACUUGCCAGCUGCUAAGAGAAGACAGAGAUUUAUUGUUGCGUAGUCUAAAUUGGAGAUUAUCACGGUGGUAAGUUCAGCGCUGAAAUGAUUAAGCGCACUUAAAUAUACCAAUUAGUAGAAGGAUAAAAGCUAUAGGGCAAAAACGAAAUGCAGUCGUCUUAGGAUUCCUCUUGCGCACAGCGUGCCAGCUGUAAGCAGGAGAUUUAAUUUCCAGCUCCCUUUCUAGAAAUAAACUUGGCUUAUUAAAUGUCAGGCCUGUUAGGCUGCUGUGUUAGUUCUUAUGCCCAGCAGCAAGGCUCUUGAAGAUCAGAUUUAAAGCAGAAGAAAUGUUAUUGUUGGUGUUGGUUUAUUUUGUAAGGCUGUCAUUAAUUUCUCAAGAAAACAUGCCUGCAACCUGAGACUGUUGUAAUUAUUGGCUUUUGUGUAAAUAAAUGUCUUCAUGGCAGUUCCUGUAUGUUUUAUGCUGCAAAUCGUUUACAGCACGGCUUGGUUUGGUGCGAGGUUAUAUGAUCUAUUAGCACGCUUGAUCUUCCACAUGAAUUUUCUCCUGCUAUUUUUAAUUCUGAAGUAAAUUCAGUAGCAGCAUGCCCGCCUGGUAGAUUUUGCACAAACCUCAGCAUUAGAGUUUCAGACUGGCAAUUUCCUCCAAUUUCCAAAAGAAGGUUGACCCAGGCCUGCUGCAGGAGCACAGCUGGCCCCAGCCCCUUGUGCAGGGGACAAGAGGACAUGGGAAGGUCCCUGCACAUGGAUAUGGCAGCUCCUCAACCAGGAGCCGAUGAGCCCUGCUGAGAGAGGGAACCCAAGAGCGGUCAGUGAUGCACAGCAGGGUGUUAGGAGACAGCAGGGUCUCCAGGCCAGGAGGUGGACUGACUUUUUACACAACAUGAUAGUGAUGGGACAAAGGGGAUUGGCUCCAUUUAGAAGCUUACAGUACAACUCAGCAUUCGCCCACCAGUAGUGUUACAGCACAUUCACUCAUGAUUUUAUCACAAAAUAUUCUGGAGGCUGACCAUGGAAGCUGUGGAUGUCCCGUCCGUGAGGUUCUCAAGGCCAGCUUCAGUGGGGCCCCGGGGGGUGGCAGCCCUGCCCAUGGCAGGCGAUGGGGACUAAAGGAUCUUUUAAACCCCCUCCAAUUUAAGCCAUUCUAUGAUAUGACAGUGCUUGGCUUUAUGGAGGCAUCUGCCUGCUCAGAGUGGGCUCCUGUGUUGGGUCCCUGUGUUGGUCCAUACAGCCCUUUUGGUUAGGGCUGAGGGGGAGUGAUACAAGUGCAAUAUCUCCUUAGUGGUAGAUCCCCUCCUCCAUGUUAACUUGCAUUUCCCUCUGAGAAAAUCGCCUGUACUCUGCUCUUUUAAUCUGCUGACCUCAGCUCAUUAACAGCGGCCCCUAAAGCCAUUGUCACCAUGGGACGGGGGACCCAACUCAAGAGGAGUUACAGGACAUCCCAAGGUGCCUGGAUUGCAGGAUUCACCUGGGGCUGGUGGGUGAGGAUUUGGGCUGUGCCACAGUCAGGGCAUUCUGUCAGCCACUCCCCUGGAGCCGGGAUUCUCACCUGCAGUUUCCCAGCCCAACUCCUCUGCCUUCUGUGAUGAUGCAGGAGCUGUGUUGUGUGGAAAUAAAGAGCUGGAGAGGUCUCUCUGGGUCAGUGACUGCAGUCCUUAGCCACGUUUUACCCACCUUCCCAUAAACUGUUGCACUGGGAGAUUUUUCCACAGCUUGAUUGCUCUGGUGGUGGUCAGAAACCUUGUUCUAAUUCCAGUCCAGUAUGGUCGUGACUGGUUUGUAUGCAGUUGUGCUCUCUCUUUUAGCUUUAAAAUCUGUGGGGCUGCUCCGAGAAUUGCUCCCCAGUGUAUUCACGUGGAUAUUUCCCUCCUACAAGCUGCCCUGGUCUGUGCUCAUAAAAUGUCUGUAUUUCCUUGUUCGUGCUAGUCAUACCUGACCUGUUUCAGUUUUCUAUCCAUUUCACAAUUGCGUAGCAAGCAUUGUAUGCAGUAUUCCAGAGAUAAGGCUCUGUUAACUGCCUUUUACAUAUAAAGUGCCUCACCUGCUGCUGAGAAUAUUUUGCUGUGUAUCUAAGUGGUUAAAUUGCCUUUUUGUGUCAGCAUCUCUUGGAGAGAGGUGGUAGUGCCUCUGGGUGCUCCCCUCCCUGCAGCUGGCCUUGCUGUUGUCCUGCAAUUUGCACCAUUAACUUUGAUCCACUUCAUUUCAUUGCAGCUUGCAUGGCCUUUGCUUCUCCCUGUGCAGUGUUUCAUUUCUCUCUGUAUUGGCAGCUCAUACCAGUCUUCUCCUGCACCCCUCUGGUUUUGGUAAUCAAAAUAUUCAAGAGGGUUCAGCUGACGGCUUCAGCUCUCCUUGUACCCCGGUGCUUCCUGGCAAGCAGCAACAUUCCCCCUCUUUGCCAGUCCCUCCAUGUUCCCCACUUCUGCUUCAGCUAACUUCCUAUGUCACCGUGUCAAAUACUUUUUCUAAAAUCCAUGCAGUUUGGAGCUAUUCACUUCUCUUGGCUGGAAAACUUUUUAAUAAAGAAAUGUGUUAAGGUUUCCCUCCAUGUACAGCGGCUUCGUUCACGUUCAAAAGUGAAGCAGGGAUUCCUUUUGUUUUGGACGCUGCUGCGCUCUGCUCACCUCACCGUCUCAUUCUUGACGUUGCUGGAAUAAUCUUGCUGGCUUGUGAGUAUGUUUUUGAACACGUUAACCCCCAAGUUCUAUGUUGCCUUGACAGGCACUUCCUCAUUAAUCUCGGGACUCAUUUUGAUCUUCGAGUGGUGGUACUUCCGCAAGUACGGGACGUCCUUCAUCGAGCAGGUCUCGGUGAGCCACUUGCGCCCUCUGCUGGGCGGGGUGGACAACAGCGCGCCCAGCGCGGCCAACGCCGCCAACGGCGAGGCGGACUCCAGCAGGCAGAGCGUGUCAGAAUGCAAAGUCUGGCGAAAUCCUUUAAAUCUGUUCAGAGGAGCUGAAUAUAAUCGGUAUACAUGGGUAACAGGAAGAGAACCUUUGACUUACUACGAUAUGAAUCUUUCAGCACAAGACCAUCAGACAUUCUUCACGUGUGACACGGAUCAUUUACGGCCUGCUGAUGCUAUAAUGCAAAAAGCCUGGAGAGAGAGAAACCCCCAAGCCCGAAUUUCUGCAGCACACGAAGCUUUGGAAUUGAAUGAAUGUGCUACUGCCUAUAUUCUUUUGGCUGAAGAGGAAGCAACAACUAUUGUGGAGGCAGAGAAGCUGUUCAAGCAAGCUCUGAAGGCUGGAGAGGGCUGUUACAGGCGCAGUCAGCAAUUGCAGCAUCACGGUGCCCAGUAUGAAGCCCAACACAGAAGGGACACUAAUGUGUUAGUUUAUAUUAAGAGGAGGCUGGCAAUGUGUGCAAGAAAGCUGGGAAGGACCAGAGAAGCAGUGAAAAUGAUGAGAGAUUUGAUGAAGGAAUUUCCUCUUCUCAGCAUGUUCAAUAUCCAUGAAAACCUGCUAGAAGCUUUGUUAGAACUGCAAGCAUAUGCGGAUGUCCAGGCAGUCUUAGCGAAGUAUGAUGAUAUAAGCUUACCAAAAUCAGCAACAAUAUGUUACACAGCUGCAUUGCUCAAAGCCAGAGCUGUCUCUGACAAAUUUUCUCCAGAGGCUGCCUCAAGGCGAGGGCUGAGUACUGCAGAGAUGAAUGCAGUAGAAGCUAUUCACAGAGCAGUAGAAUUUAAUCCACAUGUGCCAAAAUACCUCCUAGAAAUGAAAAGCUUAAUUCUGCCCCCUGAACAUAUUCUGAAGAGAGGGGACAGUGAAGCAAUAGCAUAUGCUUUCUUUCAUCUUCAACACUGGAAAAGGGUAGAGGGAGCAUUGAAUCUCUUACACUGUACAUGGGAAGGCACUUUCAGAAUGAUCCCCUAUCCACUGGAAAAAGGACAUCUUUUCUACCCUUACCCUAUUUGUACAGAAACUGCAGAUAGAGAACUACUACCGUCAUUUCAUGAAGUUUCAGUUUACCCCAAGAAAGAGCUUCCCUUCUUCAUCCUCUUCACUGCUGGCCUAUGUUCUUUCACAGCCAUGCUGGCUCUCCUGACACAUCAGUUCCCAGAGCUUAUGGGGGUCUUCGCAAAAGCGUUUCUCAGCACCCUCUUUGCCCCUCUAAAUUUCGUGAUGGAGAAAGUAGAAAGCAUCCUGCCCUCCAGCCUGUGGCACCAGCUGACGAGGAUCUGAGGGAGCGCCCGCCGACUGACUGCCACGACAUCUGCUGUGCCAACUUCUGGUUGACCACAAGAAAGCAUGAUAAAAAAGGGAAGCAGUUCUAAGACUGAAAAACUCUUCAUGGAUUGUCUGUUCUCAUAUAAAAAACCGUUUCGUUGUACAAAAUUCAUUGAUGUUAGGUUCUAUUAUAUUUUGCCUUCAGAAAAGACAAACUUAAAAAUAAACUUUUGUGUAUUGCA